AUGGCGAGCGGUGCCGAAAGGAAACCUGACAUAUUACGGCCGAUUCCGCGCCGUCCGUUUGAUUUAACGCCGGCCUCGACCGAGUCCCCUUCCCCGGUGACGCCUGUCGACGCCGGUACCAAUAUGCUUCAACCACGACGGAGCGAAGAGAACUCGACCGGCUACACCAACCGCAAGAGCGAUGAUAUUCCGCCUUCGAGAACCCGCUCGAUCCUCAAUCUCACCUCUUCAACACUGUUUGGUAUCUAUUCGCCUACAGAAGAGGAUGCUUCUCGCGACGAGCCGUCGACUCCCUGGGGAACGGGUGCUCUGACGCCCAACCGUCGCCGCAGUGAUGAAAGCGAUGUUCGUCCUUCGCCGGUUGCUCACUGGCAGCGGCCUGGCGGCAAGAAUGUACGUCCACACCACAUGCCGCGCCACGGCUUUUGGGGCACCGGCGUGCCUUUGCUUGUGCGGUCGACGCUUCUUUUUAUUUUUGGCAUUGCCGGAGGGAUAGUCAUUUCGCAUCUUCACGAUAAAAGAUUGGCGCCGGUGCAAUUGGAGGGGGUGGAUCACCUCUCGCGGCGUUACCUGAUUUUAUGGGGCAUUGCUGGCAUCUUCUUUGGCGGACUUUUGCCCUGGGUUGACAUUGUUUGGGAGGAGAGGACGGGCUCCAGCGAAGCGGUUGGCACGAAAAAGUCUCUCAAGGAAGAAGGGGGCGUGGAAGUCGCCGAUGAAUCUCCAUCGCGGACUGAAGAGCACGAGUCAAACAGCAGCCAGGGAGCGGAUUGGAACUCUGCGAUACGGGGAAUUGGUGCCUUUGUUGGCAUUGCCCUAGCAAUUCGAAAACUCCCUUGGCAAUCGACACUGCAGGCAUCGUUGACGCUGGCUCUUGUCAAUCCGGUCUUAUGGUACGUCAUUGAUCGAUCGAAACCCGGCCUCUUCCUCUCCUCCGCCGUCGGCAUCAUGGGUACGGCCCUCCUCCUUCAAAUCAAUCCUCAUAUGGUGCCCACGCCCGCCACGACUAGCUCCCCGCACGCCUUUUUCGGUGAAGGCGGCACCGGCGCCGCCAAUUUGAGCACUUUGUACGGUGUUCCAGAGGGAAUGAUCAAUGUCGAAAGCAUUGGCGUCAAGACCUGGAUUGCCAGUGUCUUGUUUUGCAGCUGUGUCUGUUUUGGUAACAUUGGAAGACGUCUUGCCCAGAACCGCAACGACUGA